AGUUGAUACAGCUUCCUACUGUGUUAUAUAUACGUGUUAAGUUAUUUAAUAAAGGGAGAUGUGGUCAGUGAGUGCGUUAUUAUGUCUGGUAAUUGCUGGCUGUGUGAAUUCAGAGAACAGCACGCUCAUAGAUGAGGAUGUAUGCGAGAUUGAUGGUCCCUUUAGCAUGCUGCUGGAGAAUUGGGCCACUUCGGAGCCGGCGACCCAGAGACAAGGUCGUGUGAUGGCUCUGCCGAUGACAAAAGGUUACUACGUCACUGAAAGAAUUGACGGACCCCUAGUACCUCCUCCACUACCACCUGGUCCGCAAACACACCACAGUUCUGGAAGACCAAUACCCCUUCAACCCAAUUCUCCGUACAACAGUGCACCACCACAAGGGUACAAAGGACCUCAUGGUUACAAAGAGUGGGACACCUCGCCGCCGGCCAAUGGAAAAAUUGUUAACAAGCCCCCUUAUAAAGACAAAUUUAGACCGAGUUAUGCACCACCGUCUCCUCCAAGACCGCAACAGUCCAACUCUAUCGACCGAGUAGACGAUCCACCUCGCAAGCAAGUCACAGAAACAGAUUUGUUCUUGCUAAGCGCCAUCGAAAAACUCGUGUACCGUGCAGACCUUAUGGAGAAACGCUUGAGGAAACUUGAAGAAACUUUUCACUAUCUUGUCGCUGGAAAUGACCCUAAACCAGAACCCUGCGCCGGUAACUACAGUCGUGUAGGCGGUGUCUGUUACGAGUGGUCAACUGAGCCUGCGGACUGGAAAGGCGCCAGCAUCGCUUGUCGGAAGCAAAAAGCUGCCUUGCUUGAACUGCAAAACGACGCUGAUAAAAGGCAGUUACUCUCCAAACUGCUCAGCGAUAAGCAAUUCAAGGGUAAAGACUUCUGGACGGGUGGACUAAACCCAGGCUUACUUUGGAUCUGGUCACACUCAGCUAAGCCAGUGGAGGCUUCCAACUCUACCAGUAUCGUUGGCGAGGGCCGCUGUCUGGCGCUCGUGUAUGACCCGGCGAUUAACAACUACGUAUAUCGUGGGCAGGACUGCGCCCUGAAACAUCGUUACAUAUGCCAAAAGGAAGAAGAUAAAACCAAGCUAAGCAAUGAGAUACAACGAGUCGCAAGGGAACUUCACGUAGAUAGAACAAGAAAGUCGAAACUGCUUUGGGAUGAAUCGAUGUAAAGUUCUUUACUGUGACAUUAAUUAAUUCCAGCAAUCAAACUAAAUCGACGAUCGAAUUUAUGACUUAUUUAAUAUUGAAUAAGAAAAUUAUGUGAAACAAUAAGGGAAAUAGUUGUGAAAUUGUAUUAUGCAAUAUCUAUUUGAUACCUGUUUAAAGCAAAUGUGUUUUUUCUAAAUUCUAUCGGAACGAAGUACGUAAUUUACUUUUUACUACAUAAUAGCAAUUAUGCUAAUCUCUAUACUAAUCUUAGGUCCAUAUUUUAAUUCGUAUGUCAACACACAAUAUCGUCUUGAGCGCUGUCAAAUAUCAAACUUCAUACAGAAAAAAGGGUUUGACAGCUCUUCUUACCCGGGUAUUAACAUUUCCCCAGUUUCAAGUCAAAUCGGUGGUUACCUGUUUCACUAAAAGCCCCAUAUAUUAUAUUAAUUUACGUAAAUGAGACUAAUUGGUUAGUUAUUGGAGUAUA